AUGAGACAGACAAAUCAGACACAAGUGGCAGAAUUCUUUCUUCUGGGACUCUCUGAUGACCCCAACACCCAACAGUUGCUAUUCACCUUAUUGCUGGGUGUCUACCUGGUCACAGUGCUUGGAAAUCUGCUUCUUGUGUCCCUUGUUCAGGCUGACUCCCAGCUUCAUACGCCCAUGUACUUUUUCCUCUGCAACUUGUCUGUGGCUGACCUCUGUUUCUCUACAAACAUAGUUCCUCAGGCCCUAGUCCACCUACUUUCCAGAAAGAAGGUGAUUUCAUUCACACAAUGUGCAGCUCAACUUUUUCUUUUCCUCAUUUUUGGUUGUACACAGUGUGUCCUUUUGGCAGUGAUGUCCUAUGAUCGGUAUGUGGCAAUCUGCAACCCUUUGCACUACUAUAGCAUCAUGACCCGGAGGGUGUGUAUCCAGUUGGCCACAGGAUCAUGGACCAGCGGCAUUUUUGUGUCUGUGGUGGAUACCACUUUCACCCUAAGGCUGACCUACCAAGGCAGCAACAGGAUUGCUCAUUUCUUUUGUGAGGCCCCUGCAUUGUUGAUUCUGGCAUCCACUGACACUCGCACUUCAGAGAUGGCCAUUUUCCUCAUGGGGGUUGUGAUUCUUCUUAUACCUGUUUCCCUAAUUCUUGGAUCCUACAGUUACAUCAUAGUGACUGUGGUCAAGAUCAAGUCAGCUGCGGGAAGACUCAAGGCACUUUCUACCUGUGGUUCCCACCUUAUGGUUGUCAUCCUUUUUUAUGGAUCAGGAAUCAUUACCUACAUGACACCCAAAUCUUCUAAACAGCAAAAGAAACUAGUGUCUGUUUUUUAUGCAGUGGUAACCCCCAUGCUUAAUCCCUUAAUCUACAGCCUGAGAAACAAGGAUGUGAAGGGAGCACUGAGGAAAGUAGCUGCAAGGAAUUUCCCAAAUAGGCUUGAGGACAUCCACUGA